UUCGAUAAUUUUUCUUUAAAAAAAUUCAGAACUUGACUUCAGUUAGAUUAAUUGUAGUCUUUUUUACAUUGUAUUGAAAUCUAAUUUAAAUUAAGUUAGGUAUUAAUGGUUUAAUUUCAGGGCAAUACAUAUUUAUCUUUAGCACUGAGAGAUACAGAUUGAAUUAGCAUUGCCUAUUUUCAUUUUUUCACCGUAUUUCGAAACUUGUUCAGUGUAAUGCAAAGAUAAUUGUAUUGGGGGUGGGGAGAAGACAGACUCAGUUAACUCAGACGUAACUUAAACAUUAAGGAAAAAUGCUUAUAUACUUAUUUUUCAUGAAAAAAGUAAUGCUUAGCUAGAUGUUCAAUUGAUAUUUUCCUGUUAAGGUAAAAAUUCAACUUCGAAUAAAAUUAGAUGCAUUUUAGGAAUUGUUUCAGCUUGAUGCAAGUUUCUCAAAUAUUUCUUUUUAUAAAGAUACCUUUAUAUAGUAUAUAAAGUAGUUCACCAAAUUUAGUUUUUGACAUACAAAGCUACAUGCACUUUAGGAGGUCUUUUGAGAUUUCUCAACUUAAGGACAAUUAAAACAAAUGGGGUAAAGAAAGAAUUGAAACUGGGGAAUAUCCAUGAAUUGGAUAAAUUAUAUUACUUCCCCCCCCCAAAAAAAGUCUCUUUCAAAUUAGUAAUGAGGAGUCAUUAAAAUUACAAUGAAAGGUAGGUGUUUUACAAAAUCUUAAGAAGCACCAAAUGCUUUUACAGGAAAGGUAAGCCUAAAGGAAUGCAUUUUUACAUUAUUCAGUUUAAAAAUGCUAAAAUGUAGAUAGAUUUGAUGUUAAAAAUAUAAUACAUAGCAGCAUAAUGCGAGACAAUAUACAUAUAGGCAAACAUUUUUUGUCACUAAAAACUUUUAAAUUUAAGCAACAGUUUAAUAAAAAAAAUUUGUUUCUUUUUACCUUAUCUCUUAAAAAUAUUUUUUUUUUUUCGUAAAUUCUUAAUCUCUCAUUUAAAAUAUAAAAAGUCAACCUAAACUAUGAAAUAGCCAGUAAAUUUUUAGAGGAAUCAACCAAAGCAAGAAUAGCUGUUAAUUAUUUUUUCGUCUAACAGUGCAGAAACUUAUAAUGAAUUCAAAACAAUUUUAAUUCCUAGAUUUUAAUUUGAAACAUUGUUCUCGCAGCCUCGUUUCAAUAAACCAGUAUAGUUUUUAAAUUUUACCCCCAUUAAAUCUAAACAUAUUUUUCAAUAGCUUUAAAAAAUGAAAAACUUUAUUUUUUCAUUUGUUGACUUCUAAAUCAUAUCAUACAGAUUGCAAAAGUUGCUGAGGGAAGGGGCUUAAUUAAUUUUGAAUUUAAUUAUAAUUCUGGGAUUAUAGUUAAAUUUUAAUUAAAUUGUUUAGUUAAAUUUCCAAUUAAAAAAACUCAGUUAAAAUAAGUUCCAAAGAAAGCAUGUCUAACAUUGAUAGUGCCUAAGCACCGAGAAGAAUAGUCUUCGAAAAUACUCAUUAAAAUGGAAAUUCAAAUAUAGAAUGUGCUUCAUUAAUGGCCUUUAUGUGCUAAAGAAUUGGAUUCAGAAUAUUUUAUAUUCUUAUGACAUGUUAGAAAUGCCCAUAAACAAAAAACUUAUUUCCUUUUAAAUUGACUCUUAUUUGGCAAUAACAGUGUACGCUAUGAAGCAUACAGUGAAGUUCAAUGACAGUUAUUCAUUCUCCAAUUUAAUGGCUUGCUGUAGAUCUUGAAAAGCGUUUAAUGACGCGUCAAGGCCAAAUUUUCUACCUCGUUGACUUGGCAACGGUGCGGCAGACAGCAAUGCCACUCUUUUACACAGCUGUUAAGGUUAGGUAGUCGUCCAGUUUCUCCUAAAAGUCUACUAGAACAGGAAAAACGAAUUCGCCGAGAAAUUGCGAAUAGUAACGAAAGGCGGCGAAUGCAAAGCAUAAAUGCUGGUUUUCAAUCUCUCCGAGCCCUCUUACCACAUCGAGAAGGCGAGAAGCUAAGCAAGGCUGCCAUUCUGCAAAACACAGCUGACUAUGUUUACCAAUUAGAACAAGAGAAGACACGACUUCUAGAACAAAAUAGUCAGCUCUCCAGAAGGAUGCUAAAUUUUCCUCAUAUUAAUCAUGAUAGUGAUGGAAGCGGUUCAGAAUCUCCAUUACCUAAAAGAAAGAAGCGUGAACCUGCUGAUUGUGUGGAUGAAGGAAUAGGCAGUUCCAGUCCAUCCAGAAGUGAAAGUGAAAGUAUUGAAGAAGCCAGACGAGAAAUAUUAGAAAUGAGAAUGCAUCUAGAUCAUGAAAGAUCUUUGCGCGAAGUUAUGGAAGCACAUAUGAAAGAAUUGUUAUGUCGAUUGUAUCCUGAUGGUGAGACGCCCGAUUUAAUUGGACAGAUCCACGAACAGUUCCGCCGUAAAUUAGAAGAAAAUAUGAAAGUUUCUAUAAAUAUGGGUCAUGAAAGUGGUCUUGGAAGCCCCCAAUCCCAAAUUUCUAUCCAAGACAUUGAAAGUUCACAAGAAAUAUCCUUAAGGGAGUCAACUCCUGAACUUUCUGGUAAUGAAAUUCCCGAAGAUCUUUCUGGGAAAAACAAUUCUAUGUUACUUCAGUGUGUAGAUGACUUGUCAUUAUCUGAUGUGACUGUAAUUCCGGAAUUGUUAAUGUCUCCAAAUCAUAUAAAUGGGUCAUCUUCAUUUCCUGUUGAUAUCAAUAUUACUCCACAAUCAGCUUAUAAAGUUAGUACAUCCAGACAAAAUCUUGAAACUAUUGUUGAAGCAAUAAGACAUGUAGAAGGUGACCAUAUGUUUCGAGAUGAUGCAACAGAAUCUGAUGAAAUUAGGUCAAUGAAAGAAAAUAAACUAUCUAUCCGAGAGCAACAAUAUGCAGAACAAAUAGAGGAGUCAUUACUCCUUACAAAUCGAGACUUCUCGUUUCAACACCAAAUAAUUAGAAAUGCACCUCUUACACAAUCCCGACCUGGAGUCAUAGUUUCUAAUCUUUCAUAAUCAUAUUCAGCCCACUUUUUUGUGGUGUUAUCAUUCCAUCAUUAUCAUUUAUGAAAAUCUGCGACUAGUGUAAAAUACCAUCACAUUUCUUUUUGAAAAAAGUGAUUUCAGUUCCUGAGUGCUUACACAUUGUUUUUAUUUUCGACUUCAGAUUAAUGAUUUUGAUAAUUUGUUAUAUUGAUUCUCUUAUUGUGUAAUGCAUUUGGUGCCAUUGAUUUUUCAAAAUAAGUGCCGAUAAUUUUUUGUUAUUCUGAAAAAAAAAAUUACGAAAAUCAUUAUCAGCUUGACUUGGAAUGUUAUAUAACAUGUCAUUUUGUUGUGUUUUCUUUUAAGACAGGUUUUACUGAAUAUUUAAUUUAUACAAAUGGGUUAUUUUUUUUGUUGUUAUUCAUUUUGUGGCAAACUGUGUGGAGAAACAUAUAAUUCAUUAAUGCAUUAUAAGCUAGGAUUAAACCAAAGAAUGGUUAUAUGUUUUUGUAUUAGUUCUGUGAUCGAAAAGAAAUGGUCUGCAUGUUAAGAGUUUUUUUAUUGGUUUCCUUCUCAAAAUAUUUUUAAUUUCAUUGAAGGCAGCUGUAUUAAAUGAAGAUGCAUUUGCAAUAUCCAAUAUGACUAUGCAAUAUUGAGAUGCCUUAUCAAUAUUAAUAAUAGUGAAAAAUUAUUAUUAAUGGUAAGUGUGGAUGCAUUUACAACAUACUAUUUAAGAUGGCCUUUCUACUAAAUAGUGAAAAUUUAAUGUUAGUCUGCUGCAAAUGCGUCCACAUUUAAGUAUAACUAUGCAAUACUAAGUGGCCUAUUCUCUAUAAAAAGUUUGUAUACAUACAAAUUUACUGUUGAUAAGCUUCCUCUUAAAUAGAUUAGAGUUGUUAAAUGAAAUGUUUUCCUUUGGAAAAUUAGAAUAGAUGCCCUCGGUUAAUAACUAGCAAUUGACAAUCGUGAUUGAACAGCUCAUGUUCAACCACUAGCAAGUGAUAGCUUUGUUUCAGUAUUCUGAGUGCCCUGAACAAGCAAUAAUAAGAAUUAUUAGUUUUUAUUUUUUAUUUCUGCCUUUAUGUGUGUCUAUAAAAAAAUGAUGUAUAUUAACUUACUUCUAAUCAGACUUGGAGAGCAAUUUGCGAAACUCAAUCUGAGGCAUUAUAGCUGAAAAUAUUCGCUUUUCAUGUUAGUUUUUCUAUCUUGACAAUGGAAGAAAUAAAAUGUUAACUUUAAAAGUUUGAACAUUUUGAGUUCGUAAAACUAGCAGUGAACUAAAAAAGAAAUGCAGGUACUUUUUUAUACUAAUAAUCUACUGUAAUACCGGUGAAUUUUUAUUGAUCAUGCAAACUUGCAAAAAGAAUUUUGCAAUUUUUUUUCCGUGAACUACUGUAAAAUUUUGCAAUUACAGAAUCUUAACUGUUAAGACUGUAUUUACAGUGAGCGUUUUGUGUUUUAGAGCACUAAUAUUGGUGCUUGUUUUUAUUUAAUCACACAGUAUGCCAUAUCGGACUUUUUAAAAGGUAUUCUUAAAAAAAGAAAGAAAACUUUUGUGACUGGUGCUGUGCCUAUUGUAUUUACUGUGACUCAGAAUUUUUAGAAUUAUUUAAAGCAUCUUGAUGAUGUUCUCAGGUUUUAUGUGUUGUCCCCCCUCUUUUUCUUUUAAGUGUUAUGUACUGUUGGUGAAGAAAGGACCUAGCGAUGUUGUGUUGCAUAAACUAAAUGUUUUGUAUAUAACAGAUAAAUCGUGAUUUUCAAACUUUCAUGAAUGAAUUUGGUCAUUUUAUAGUAUGUGGAAGAUGGAUUUGAAUUCUUUUCAUUGCCAUUUGCAAAAAGAAAUACUCAUUUGAACAAAUACUCAUAAACUGUUACUGAAUUACUUUCAUUAUUGCAUUGUAGUUGUUAAUCUUAUGUUAUUGUUAUCCUAACUUUUGAGUGUUUGAAAAUUAACAAUUUUAAACGAUAAGAAUUUCUUCAAAUACCAAUUUUAUUUUUGGUAUCGCUUCUGGGACUUUGGUAUCACUUACUACUUGAACUGUUUCUUCCUUCAUUCAUGUUACUGACUGAAACAGUUUUUAAGAGCAAGAGAUAUGUAACUAGGGAUUGCAAUACCGAAUACCGGUUUUUCGGUAUUUACUAGAAAUUUUUAAAAUUGUCUCCACUAUAUGUUCAGGGAUCGCGAACAUAGCAAAAUAGUAUACGUUUUUGUUUUUAUGUAUCCCUAACGGACAAAAUUAAUUAGCUAAUUAAUGGCUUAAUUAAUUGCUUAAAUCUAAACUAGCGAAACAUGGAUCAUCCCUGAAGGAAAAUAUUGUAUCCAUAACGACUGAUGGAGCAACAAUUAUGAAAAAAGUUGGAAAGUUGAUUGAUAAAUCAGCCAUUGUGCUAUGCACAUGAAAUUCAAUUAGGAGUAAUAGAUGUAUUAUACCAAAAAAAUAAAAAACAGAAGAAUCCAAAUACUGUGGAUAUAGAAACUUCUGAUUCCAACUUUGAAGAGAGUGAGAGUGAUAUUGACAAUGAAGAUAAUGACAAUGUAAUUGUUGAAGAAGAUAUUGCUACUGAGGAUGAAACAUUAACCUAUCAAGAAUUGCUUUCUAUAAUUUAUAAAGUUCGAAAAAUUGUUAAGAUCCCUAUAAAAAAGGAUAUAUUACUAAAAUAUAUACUAACUGAAAAUAAAACAAAAUUAUGUUAAUAUUAGAUUCUAAAACACGUUGGAACAGUUUGCUCCUAAUGAUGGAACGAUUUUUGAAACUGAGAAAUCCAAUCUAAAAAGCAAUAAUCGACUUAAACCUGUAAAUUAUUUUUUCAGAUAGUGAAUUCGACUUAAUAUACAGAACUAUAUCAGCUCUACUUCCAAUAAAACUGACUAUUGAGGCAUUAUGUCGGAGAGAUUCUAAUUUAAUAACAGAUAAUGGAACAAUGAAUUUCAUGUUGCAGUCACUGAAAGAACAGCACACAUCACUAUCUAAAGAAUUAUAUAUUGCAUUGAAAAAUCACACAGAAGAAAGGCACCGGUAUCAAGAUUUAAGAAAUACCGAAUACCGGUAAAUUUCCGGUAUUUUUUUAUUUUUUAUUGAACAUUUAUAAAUUCCCUGUGCACCACAAAGUAUCACACGGGGCUUACAGAAGUAAGUAUGUAACACAUUACAAAAAGAAAAAGAAGAAAAUUUAACAGUUAUGAAGGAUUACAGAUGUCAACAAUAAAUUUACAGAAAUUUUCAAAAGCACUUCUAGUGGAAAUAAGUUGGUGAAACUCUGUAGGCCAAUUUAUAUUCAUGUGCUUGAGAGCCAGUCUUAGGAUUGCAAUCCCUAUAUGUAACAGUAUGAAUGUUUGAAAAUCAUUUAUAAAUUCCCCGUGCACCACAAAGUAUCACACGGAGCUUACAGAAGUAAGUAUGUAACACAUUACAAAAAGAAAAAGAAGAAAAUUUAACAGUUAUGAAGGAUUACAGAUGUCAUUCUAGUGGAAAUAAGUUUGUGAAACUCUGUAGGCCAAUUUAUAUUCAUGUGCUUGAGAGCCAGUCUUAGGAUUGCAAUCCCUAUAUGUAACAGUAUGAAUGUUUGAAAAUCAUUUAUAAAUUCCCCGUGCACCACAAAGUAUCACACGGAGCUUACAGAAGUAAGUAUGUAACACAUUACAAAAAGAAAAAGAAGAAAAUUUAACAGUUAUGAAGGAUUACAGAUGUCAUUCUAGUGGAAAUAAGUUGGUGAAACUCUGUAGGCCAAUUUAUAUUCAUGUGCUUGAGAGCCAGUCUUAGGAUUGCAAUCCCUAUAUGUAACAGUAUGAAUGUUUGAAAAUCAUUUAUAAAUUCCCCGUGCACCACAAAGUAUCACACGGAGCUUACAGAAGUAAGUAUGUAACACAUUACAAAAAGAAAAAGAAGAAAAUUUAACAGUUAUGAAGGAUUACAGAUGUCAUUCUAGUGGAAAUAAGUUGGUGAAACUCUGUAGGCCAAUUUAUAUUCAUGUGCUUGAGAGCCAGUCUUAGGAUUGCAAUCCCUAUAUGUAACAGUAUGAAUGUUUGAAAAUCAUUUAUAAAUUCCCUGUGCACCACAAAGUAUCACACGGAGCUUACAGAAGUAAGUAUGUAACACAUUACAAAAAGAAAAAGAAGAAAAUUUAACAGUUAUGAAGGAUUACAGAUGUCAUUCUAGUGGAAAUAAGUUGGUGAAACUCUGUAGGCCAAUUUAUAUUCAUGUGCUUGAGAGCCAGUCUUAGGAUUGCAAUCCCUAUAUGUAACAGUAUGAAUGUUUGAAAAUCAUUUAUAAAUUCCCCGUGCACCACAAAGUAUCACACGGAGCUUACAGAAGUAAGUAUGUAACACAUUACAAAAAGAAAAAGAAGAAAAUUUAACAGUUAUGAAGGAUUACAGAUGUCAUUCUAGUGGAAAUAAGUUUGUGAAACUCUGUAGGCCAAUUUAUAUUCAUGUGCUUGAGAGCCAGUCUUAGGAUUGCAAUCCCUAUAUGUAACAGUAUGAAUGUUUGAAAAUCAUUUAUAAAUUCCCCGUGCACCACAAAGUAUCACACGGAGCUUACAGAAGUAAGUAUGUAACACAUUACAAAAAGAAAAAGAAGAAAAUUUAACAGUUAUGAAGGAUUACAGAUGUCAUUCUAGUGGAAAUAAGUUUGUGAAACUCUGUAGGCCAAUUUAUAUUCAUGUGCUUGAGAGCCAGUCUUAGGAUUGCAAUCCUUAUAUGUAACAGUAUGAAUGUUUGAAAAUCAUUUAUAAAUUCCCCGUGCACCACAAAGUAUCACACGGGGCUUACAGAAGUAAGUAUGUAACACAUUACAAAAAGAAAAAGAAGAAAAUUUAACAGUUAUGAAGGAUUACAGAUGUCAACAAUAAAUUUACAGAAAUUUUCAAAAGCACUUCUAGUGGAAAUAAGUUGGUGAAACUCUGUAGGCCAAUUUAUAUUCAUGUGCUUGAGAGCCAGUCUUAGGAUUGCAAUCCCUAUAUGUAACAGUAUGAAUGUUUGAAAAUCACCUUGUAUUGUACUAUGCAAGAAAAUGUACAUGAUACAUUAAUUUUUGUGACAAAGCUUUUGUGUAUUAAUGUUUAUUUUUAAUAUUAAACGACAGUGUAUAAUAAUUUAUGACUUCUGUUAUGUACAGUGAUUGCUUUAAAAAACAUUUACAUGUUGACUUUUAGAAAGAAAAAAAAUGUACAUUUGAAGAUUCUGUGAUAAAUUAAUGGAUUGUCCUGUAAGCAACUUGCCAGUUAUUAUUUACAGACUAAAUCAAUUAACUUUUCGUACAUGUAAUUAACAUGUCUUUAAAAUAUCUGGUUCUUCCAUUAAAAUUGGUUGUCUGUGUGAGUGUUUUUACUAAUAGCAUUGAUGAAUUUUUCAUUGCACUUGGCCAAUAAUUCUUACAAUGAAACUGGCAAAAAGCAAGUCAAUAAAGUUAAAUAUUGUUGACUGGGAACAUUCACGUUCUUUUUAUAUAUAUUUAAUUCGCCAUUUUUUGUACAUAAGCAAGAUUUAAUGUUUUAUCUGUUUAUUUUUUGUUUGUAUUUGUUUUCAAUAAAAUAAAAAUGUACAAAUCAUUACUUGAAAUUAAAAAAUUUAAACUGGAGGUUUAAAAACACAU